AUGAGCGACGUCGACAUCAACACAACAUUUUUUGAAACAGCCAUCGCCGAGUAUGGUCGAAUUCUUCAUCCACCGCUCGUGCUCAUUCUCUGCAUUUCUGGAGCCAUGGGCCAUCUGCUCACAAUCACGACAUUAUCAGCAAUGCUGAACCCAACCAAUUUAUUUCUCAUUUCGAUGUCAUGUUCUCAACUCGCUUUGUGUAUCAACUUCUUGUACUCAACCUUCUUCAAAUGGAUGUCUGAUCAACUAUGUCAGCCAUUUUUCUUCUCUUAUUACAUGGCGACAACCAUGCAUUUUUCCGUCACAAUUUCGGUGCUCGUCCACAUGUCAGCCGUAUUUCACGUCGUCGGACUCUCGCUGAUCCGAUAUUUCUCGUUGGCGCAACUCUCAAGCGUCAAUUCAAACGUGCCGUGGUUCACGUGGCGGAAGUCGAAAAUUGCAAUUGGCGCCAUCUACAUGAUUGUCGUCGUGCUUUGCAUUCCGUUGCACUUCACGUCACGUGUCGCGAUGAACUCCGAAAAUGAGGGAUGUGCCGAAAGAUUUCCGAGUCUUCGUAAUUGGACGGCCUAUCAAUUGGCGUACACAGAUUUCGUUUGGCUCAGAAAUGUCAACUUCUGGCUUUUCUAUUUGUCAUCAAAAAUUGUGCCAUCGAUAAUUCUAUGCCUUAUGACAUUUUUCAUUUUGGAUCAACUCAAGAAGAUCCAAAUACUUAGUGCGCGAUUUUCGAAUGUUGAACGCGACAAGCAACACCAGCGAACAACUAAUAUGAUUCUAGCAAUUAUGGUUCUUUUUAUUUUCGUUGAGCUUCCACAAGGUGUUCUUGCGGUUCUCGCAACGAUUUCCGAUAUUACUGUAAUCUAUGAUCUCGGCGAUAUCACAGAAGUGUUCACGCUGCUCACUUCAAUCAUAAUCUUUAUAUUACUGUGCUCAAUGAAUGGCAGGAUUCGCUCAGCAUUUCGCGACGUUGCCUGUAUUCGAGCAGCAAUUUCUCUAUUCUAUCGAUUUUUCCCGCCUUCAAGCAGCGUUCGCGCUUCUUCCGUUCGAGAUCCUCUUCUGGAUCACAACACGAUAAUCAUCACCAAUUGUCAUAUUGACAAAUCAGAAAAUUAUGCGGUGCUUUAA